GCGUAUAUAGAAUCAACAUAAACAAUUAAUAUGCAGAAUCAGGUGUAAUAAUAAUUUAACUCAAGAAGAUUGGAGCCAGAGGCGGGCCCACUAAGACAAAUAUGGUGUAAAAUAACACCCCUUAAAUAUGAUAAAUUUGAAAAUGCUGAUAGAAACAUUGAAGAUUUUUCAGCAUUUUUGGUUUGAAGUGUACUUUGACCUAGAUUAAAAUGAAUUCUGAGCCCACCACUGAUUGGAGCUAAUGUGAAGUAACAUGCAGUCGUUAAGUGAGAGUUUAGUUUACUUGUGUAAGAAAAUUUACCAUUUCAUAAAGUGACGUGGCAUCCAAAAAAUGAAUAAGUAUCUCGAUAAUAAGAAAAAAUUCUAAGGUAUACAAGACAGAACCUCCCAAAGAUUAGGUUAUAUGAAACAGAGAGAUCAAGCUUGGCUCAGUGUUUAGAGUUUUGGUGAACGAGGAUUCUUGUGAGAGACACAACUGUAGUCGUGAAAAACCUUGACACUACAAAAAAAAGGUUGAUGUGCAAGGGAAAAACUUUGCAAGGGAUUUGCUUGGGACAAUGUUCCCUUGCAAAAUGAUUUUAGUCAAUAUUCUCUUCAAAAAUUUUGCAAGGGAUAUAUUUUUCUCGAAAAUACUUAGCGAAUUUACUAAUUGUUUUUUUUUAACGCUAGAUAAUAAUGUUAUUACAAAUUAUAAAAAAUAUUACAUAUAAUUCUACAGUCGACAUUUCAACCGGUCUUAAGAGAAUUCACGACUGACUGCAUCACCUGAGCUGCCGUAUGGGAUAUGUGCUUAACGGUACCCCUUACGCCUUGUUGCAGAUCUCUUGAUGUAGAAGCACUAAUGAACCAUUAGUCAAACCACUAGACCAAAAGGGCUUCCGCAUUUUUUCUAGUUGUUUAAUAUACACUUUCACAAUUUCUUAGAAAAUCUAUUGGAUAUGAGCAACGGAUCUGGAUUGUUCCCUCACAAUUUUCUAGCAAAAUUUCUAGGAAUUUACAAGGGAACUUUUUUUUUAUCAAAUACUGGGAAUAAAUCUACUCCGGAACUAGAAGAAGCGCCUAAAUUACUAAGAACAAAUAGUCAUUCAUUCCCAACAUAUGCAACAACAAUUUUUUUUAAAAAAAAAAUUACAAUAUUUUGAAUACAUUGUAAACUAAACAUAAACCAAACCAGUAGUAUAAUUAAUCUAAUAAUUUUUAAUUAAUUUAAGAAUUUUAAUUAAACUAAUUAAACCAUGUACUAAAAAAAUCCUAAACAACCCCUAAACUACCAAACCCUAACCUACCAAACUCUAAACAAAACCCUAAACUAACAAACCAUAAAAGAAGCCCUAAUCUACCAAACCCUCAACAAAACAUUAAACUACCAAACCCUAAACGAAGCCCUAAACUACCAAACCAAAUCUACUUACCGUAUACCAAACGCUAAACUACAUUAAAUCAAACCCUAAACUACGAAACACCUAAACACUUGUGGUGGUGGCUUGCCGCGGGCGUUCCUGUGUGGGCUUUCUCCGGCGAGGCGAGGAAAGAUAGCUGGAGAGGAGAUACGACAAGGCUCUGAGUAGGUGAGAGAGUGAGUAGAUCCGAUGAGGCUAUGGCUCAAUGAGAGAGAGUUGAUCCACAGAGGUUGUGAGAACGAGGAAGAAGAGCACCUUUGGCAAGGAAGAAAGUUGGCUUCGGCGAGGAAGAAUAGUAGAUCCGACGAGAGUGAGAGAAAACAAGAUCAGUUCGGCGUCAGGAAGAGGUCUCCGGGUUUCGUUUAUGGGUUUUUGUAAAUAAUUCGGAAAAUCAAUUCUAGUUUAUUACAAGUUUCAUUGUGUGUUUCGGUUUUGGAACAUGAUUCCCAACACUUAAACUAAUUUCCUGAUAUACUCCAUAUCUAGUUUGUCAAGUUUCUGACACUGGACAAAUUUCCCGAAAUAUUUACCGAAGUACAUUUUGAAACACUAUACUUUCAUAUUAAAUACAUUAUCCAAAACCAAAACCGUAAAGAAAACCCAAACGAAACCCCAAAACAAUUUUUCUUAGGUUAUGUAGAUUCUUGGUCUGGACUGCUGAACCGGCUGGGGUUAGCUGUUGAAGCCGGAUUUUUCAAUCCGGACUCUCUGUUCGGUUAGUGUUUGAAGGUCAAGACAUUGAAGGCCGGUGGUAUUGGGUCUAUUCUGGAUAUGCGCCUCCGACGUUAAUACUAUUAGUACAAGCACAUCAAACAGAUCCUUUGGUUACUAAUAGUUUGGUCACAUAAUAGAUUUUUGAAAUAGACUUAGUUUCGUCGUGCAUGUACUUGAAGUCGAAUUUAGGAGGAUUAAGGGAUGAUUCAUCUGAAUCGUGGAGUGAAUUCAUCUAAAUGUAGUUGAAAAUACAAUGAUGGAGAUUAAGUAGACUUGAAUCUAAUUUAGUGAUUCAUAGUGAUACUAGAUAACAUUAUAGUACCUGUAAUAUAAUCUAUGUUGAGGUUAAAGCUUUGUACCAAAAUUAAUGUGAAGUUGAGCAAAAAUAGAAAAAGAAAUAAAACAUUUUUGGAAAUGGCUUAAAGACGUCUUGGAGAUGCUCUCAUGUCAGCGGUUAUUGUUAAUAACCGGAAGAUGCCAAAGAACUAGAGUUUGGAAUCUUGUCGGUUAUUGAUCCGGUUUAUCAUCCCUGCGAUCGAUUUCCAUAAGCUACCUGGUUUUGAUCUCCAUAACUAGUACUAGAGUUUGAAGAUCCCAAACGUGAAGGAAAGAUAUGGAAAAAAAACCAAGAAAUCUUUUUAUGGUUUCUUCUCUUUUAAUGGCGUUUUUAUUUGCUUAUUCUGCAUCUGUACAGCUUAAUGAUUCUGAUUGGUAUCUUUGGUUUCCUCUGUACGCACUAGCUUCUGCAGUUAAUCUGAUCAACUCCAGAAGAAUAUGUAAUAAAUCAAGAAGAAUUAGACAGAUGACGAGUACAGCUCUUAGCUUGGGUUUGUUCUUGUUGGUUAAAGUCAUUACGGAGGAUGUCAUAACAGAGAGAGUUGGAAUCUUGUCUUUGGAUCUCACUCAUAGAGUUGUGAGAGAGAAGAUCGGAAGUGGUUUGGUGAUAGCUUCUAUGGUUCUGCAACUACAAGCUUCUUGUUCAAAACGGAAAGAGAAGUCCGUUGACUUUGGGAUGGCUGCAACUGUAAUCUUUGGCUAUGGACUUCCCUUUUGGUUCUUCACUAUACAGAAUGGAGAAAUCAAGAUUUGACUCCUUUUCUUGUUGGUUAUGUAUGUUUUAUUCAUUUUGCAACUUGUUAAUUUAUAUCGCAAGAAAUUUUCACCAACAUAAAAUUUGAAUUUUCUUCAAUCUGUAACAGAAAAACGAACAAUAUUUGGUCGAUCGCAACAUGCAAA